AUGAGUGUUAGAACAUCAUAGAAGCCAAAGCAAAAUAUCUAAUAAGAACAGGAUCCUUAAAUACAAAUAGCUAAUUUGUAAAAGGAGAGGGAUUAAUUGCAAAGCUAAUUAAAUUAAGCAAAUAAUAGAUUAAAGAUUAUUGAGAGAGACAGCACAUUAAAAUAGAGAAAAAUAGAGGACAUUCAAUACUAAUUAGACCGAUCUUUAACAUAGAGUCAAUAAGAAAUAAAUUUGGAUAAAUUAAAUUAAUCGUUUUAAGAUGAUGAUGAAAAGAGAAAAUUAAAAUAAUAAGUAUUAGAUCUCUAAUCAACUAUAAAAUUAUUGCAAUAGAAACCAUUAGAUUUUGAUAGAGAAAUUACUAAAUCUGUAGUUCAAAGAUAAUCUCUUUAAUCUGAUUUCAGUUCUGCUAAUCAAACUAUCAAGCAAUUAUAAAAUAAAAUAGAUGAUUUAUAAAAUUAAUUAAAACUAAAAAAUAGUUUAACAAUUGAUACAACAAAUUAACAUAUAUUAGAUUUAUAAGAUAGAUUAGCAAAAUUAUAGAUAUAAUGUGAUAGAUAAGUAAUAUAAAUUAAUGAAUUAAAUUAAAAUAAAUUGGCUUAAUAAAAAGAAAUUGAUUCUCUUAAAAAUUUCAUUAAUUCAUAAUCAUUAAAUCAUAAAUAAGAAUAAUCAGAAAAUGAAUUAAGAUAUUCAAAAGAAAGUCAAGUUAUCUCACUUAAUUUAACAAAUAAAGAAUCAGCUCUCUUAACUACUGAAUAAAAAUUAAAGUAAGCUCAAGAAUAUUUAUAUUAAUUGUAAAGAAAAUAUGAUUAAGAUACAUUUUAAUUAAGAACAGAAGUUUAAGAUACAAAAGAUUAAAGUAACAGAUUUAAAGAUUAAUUGGAUCUUUAAUCAAAAUUAUUAGAAUAAGUACAGAAUGAGAAAGCUUAAUUAUCAAUGAUGUAUGAGAAACUACAAUUAGAAACAAAUGCUUUAUCUUUCUAAUUAUAAUAAUAAUUAAAAAAUGAAGAAUCAAAAUAUUUAAGAGAUAGUACAACUUUAUAAUAAUAAAUAACAGAAAAAGAACUUAAAAUUUUAGAAUUGGAUAAAUUGAAAAGAGAAUUAGAUAAUAAAAUAUUUUCAUUAUAAUAAAAAUUAGAUCAAGAUACAUACAAUUUUAAUAAUACAAUAAAAGAUUUAUAAGAUUAAAUAACUAGAAUUUAGAGGUAAUUAGAUGAUAAAACAUAUUAAUUUAAUUAACUUCUUGAAGAGAAAUAAUAAUUAUCAAAUUCUUAUUUAUAAUUAUAAGAGGAAAUUUCUAUAUAGAAAUUAAGAUAUUAAUAAGAUUUAAAUAAAUUGGAAACAUAAUAAUCUAAAGAAGUUUAAUGGUUCCAAUAAUAACUUAAUGAUAGGAAUUAAUUGAUAGCAGAAUUAGAGGCUAAAUUAAAAUCAACAAAUGAAUAAUUGAUAGCUAUAUAGAGAAGAUAUGAUUAAGAAGCACAAUUAAAUAAUUAACAUAGUGUUAUAUAAGAUGAUUAAAUUAAAAAUUUAUAAGAUUAGAUUGAUUAAAAAGUUCUUUAGAAUACUCUUUUAAAUUAAGAUAAACAAUUAUUAAAUUAAUAAUUUGAUAGAUUAACUUAAAAUUAUAAUGAAUUAAAAUUAUAAUAUAAUAAUGAUACUGAUAAAUUAAAAGAAGAAUUACAAAAAUUAAGAAAUUAAUAUAAUGAUAAACAAUAAGCAUAUUUAUAAUUGGAUAAUAGAUAUAAAUAAUUAAAUGAAGAAUUUUUAUAAUUAUAAGUUAGAUUUGAAAAAGAAAUUAAUUUGAUGAAUAUAUAAAUAUAAAAAAAAUAAUAGGAAUGUUAAUAAUUAUAAGAUUAAUUAAAAUAAGAAUAAAUAUAAUCUUAUAAUAUGGAAUAAUAAAAUAAUCUUUUGAAAAAUUAAGUAAAUUAAUAAAUGGAAGAUAUAAGAAAAAGAACUGAAUAAUAAUUAACUGAGUAAUAUUAAUAAUUAACAAAUGAUUAAAAGGCUUAAUUUAAUUUAUUGGUAAAUUCUAUUAAUUAAGAAAACUAAUAAUUAAAAUAUGAUCUUAAUUAAAAAGGAGACAAAAUAAGAUAAUUAGAAAAUGAAAUUUAAGGUUUAACAAUUGGAAAUACAAAAAAUUAAAUUCUUAUAUCAGAAUUGUAAACUGCAAAUCAAUAAUAGAAAUUUUAAUUGAAUGAAUAAGAAGCAAAGAUUAGAUAAUUGAUAAUGUAGGAAUUUGAUUCAAUAGUAUAAUAUUAUAUUAUAUAUAUUUUAGAGAGAUAAAUCUGCUGAUUAAUAGAUAAGAAAUUUGAUGGGAGAAGUUAAGAUUUUAUAAUAAAAAUUGAAGAAAAAUGAACUUUACACAUAAAAUUUGGAGGAUUAAUUAUAAAAAAAUCGAUGA